AUGGCUGAAGAGGCUAAGACCCUAUCUGAACGCCCAGCAACUGAAAAGGCUUUCAAAGAAUACGACCUCAAUACGGACAUCAUCACUGAGCAUCACAUAGGCCUAAGUGGAGAGAUGUCCAAGGAGGAGCAAGGCCGUGUCUUCAGACAAUUCUUCCACAGCUUCAUGGCCCAGUGCGACCAACAAGUCCCAGCUGCUUGGAGGGACCGGUUGACUAGGCUCUUCACGUUCUGCUACUUUGGGCAUGCGGAUCUCAGGAAGCAGAUGCCACAAGACGACAACAGUCGCCCAUGGCAGCAAGCGAAGCAUUUGUUCGCGGUCAACAAGGAUUGGAACGAACCCGACUCAAUCGAGUUCGAUCUGACAUUCGUCCAGCAGUACCUCCGCGACUCAUUCGAUCACGGUGCACUCUGCAUCUUCGAAUUUUGCUGCGGCGGGUAUCCAGGCAUGGACGUGCUGUCUCCGGAACAGACCGCAGGUCUCAACCACACGAUGUUCACGCUCUCUGCUGGUGCCAAACGGAUUACGAUCGAGAACACGCCGCAUGACUUCACGGCGCGCCUGGUAAAGAACCUUCGUGCUGAUCGGGGACCAACGACCAUCAUAGAUCGGUACAUCGCUAUUCACAGAGAUGCCAUCUGGGAGCAGACGGACAAGCAUGCGAUGAUCACCUGCAGUAUGAAUGGCUCGCCAGGACACAUCGUGCUGCAGCCCAGAGUUGUGGAGCCAGAGAGCAGCUCCGAAGAAACGUCUUCUUCUGAGGACGGCAGACUCCCCGAAACUGCUGACGGUUUCCCCAUCGUUUCAUUCGCUGGUGGGGACGAUUCCAGAGGAGCCAAAGCCACAUCUUUCAUCGCGGCGCUUCUUCGCAAGUUCGUCACCGGAUCCGUGGUGCCAUCUGCAGGCAGUCUCGUUCGCCCGCCGCUCACGCCAUUCAACGCUGCACUUCUUCCCAAUUUCACAGCUGGGAUAGCUCUUCGAGCAGGAGAAAGGUCGCUGAUGAAGGUCGCAAGUCCAAGUUAG